CCCUUUCUGUUUGACAGGUAAGCAGAGGAGAACACAGGCCUACUAUUAUACCUUGCAAGCCCAUUUUCAGCAGAAGCUGCAAACGUGCCUGUGACUAUGUUACAGAACUUGGGCUUUAUGAUAUGCCUGGUAGGGGUUGCUGGAAUUAUUACAUCUACUUGCAUGAACCAGUGGAGCACACAAGAUCUUACGAACAAUCCUAUCACGCAGGUCUAUACUUUCCAGGGGUUAUGGCGUACCUGCAGCACCGAGAGCAAUGGUCUUACAGAGUGCCGCCCAUAUUUGACUAUCCUUGGACUACCAGCUAUGCUCCAGGCUGUAAGAGCACUGAUGAUCGUAGGCAUUGUGCUGGGUGCUUUUGGUCUCUUGGUGGCUACUUUUUCCCUGAAAUGUUUACGGAUGGGCAACAUGGAAGACUCUGCAAAGGCAAGCAUGACUUUGGCUGCUGGAGUCAUGUGCAUUGUGUCUGGUAUCUGUGCUAUCUGUGGAGUAUCUGUUUUCGCCAACAUGCUUGUCACAGACUACUGGAUGUCAACAGCUAAUAUGUACCAACCAGGAAUGAUGCAGUCACUCUCAGUAAGAUACACAUUUGGUGCUGCUCUCUUUGUGGGAUGGGUUGCUGGAGGCCUGGCCUUUGUGGGAGGCAUUUUGAUGUGUGUUGCUUGCCGAGGACUGGUACCCGAGGAGACCCAUUACAAGGCAGUCUCCUACAAGUCUGCUGGGUAUAAAUCUGGAACUGCUUAUGAAACCAAGAAGACUCCUGUAAUGGAUAAUAAUACUGUCAAAAGUGAUGAAGGAAGACGUUCCUACCCUUCAAAAUAUGACUAUGUAUAGAAAUUGCCUGUUAUUAUAUGGCUCCACACUCAAUUUGUUAAAACUUUAGCUUUAGUCCAAACUAAGAGCAAAGUGCUAAUGGUACUGCUCAUCUCUCUUUGAAUUAUUCUUGAGUUUGUCUUUAUGAUGCUGGAAAUCUCUUCUCUAGUUGUUUAUUAAUGUUUGCUUUAUGACUGUAAAUAUUGUGGUAAGCUUGAAAUGAAUUGAUUAUAUCCCCCUGAAAAUAAUUGCUUUCUUUUCAAAGAGAGUUGAAAACACUCCAUUGACAAUUUACUAUAUUUUAAAUAGGUGUAACUAUAUAGUAAAAAACCGGAGCAUCAUUGCAGUGUACAAUAUUGAAUCUAUUACAGGUUCAUGCUUUGAGACUUUAUAACAGUGUUUUUCAAAGUUUUAAAGUUUUGGGAACUUUAAGAUUCAUGGACUUCAACUCACAAAUUCCCAUGUUGGCUAAGGAAUUCUAGGUGUUAAAGUCCACAUAUUUUAAAGUUCCCAAGCUUGAAAAACACAGCUUUACAGUUUUGGACAUACUUUGAUAAACUACUUGGAUGUUUUUCCUAAAUCGUUCAAAAUUCAAUCCAAGUUAAGAAAAAUAUUUUAUUUUAAUUUCUAAAAAUAAUAUAUAACAUUAGAAUUAAUUUAGGGUGAAUAUGAAGUAGGAUUAAUUGCUAAAACAAAUACCCUUGCUCUAUUUCAACAAAUAUUAUGUCCUAGUGUGUUUUCUUCUUAUUUCAUUCAUUCUUAAAAAAACCUGAUAUAAUAAGAUGUCAAUUGUUCUAGCUUGCUUAUAGCAAAUGUUUCCUUUAUUUUUGAAUACACUUUCAGCCAUGCAUCUUGUAUGAUACAAUUAUCUUGUCAUUCUUACACUUGAGUCUUGAAUACUCUACUGACAAAAUAAAUUUGCAACAUUAGUAUCACAUCAUAUUUUCUUGAGAGUGUAUUACUAAGGUAACAUUGGUCUGCAUCAUCCUAUCUUCUUGUUUAGGAUGCUACAGAUGGAAAAUAGCAAACUCAAAAGUUAGACCAUUUCUUAUCCCCUGAUAGUAUUUUGGAUGUAUAGGUGUUUUUUUUUUUUUUUUUUGCUAAAUUUCUCUUUUGAAUUAAGUUGCAAAUGUUUAUAAUCAGCAGAAACUUCAAAGAAAUCUAGAGACUUGUAUUCAUGCUUAUGUUUUCUAGUGCAGUUUUCCUUUCCCACAUAAUUUUGGAGGCAUUUUUAAUAGAAUAUAUUUUGUGAGUUUGUUUUUUCCAAUAUACACUUUUUAACAUUGUUUUAUAUUACUUCAUUUUAAAACUGGCUUAAGUGUUCACAUGGUUUUUUCUACAUUUUAUGACGGUUCAAGAUCUGUAUAAUCAUUCAGACAUUCCGAUGGGCCAUAUUUCUCACUCUAUUCUAAUGAUCAUCAACUUUCUUCAAUAGCUAGUAGUUUUGAGUUUAAGUGCACAUAAAAUAUAAAGGCAAAAUAACUAAAAUAAAUGUUUUGAAUUUGGGUUGUUUAACAUGCAUAGAAUUGUAACUUAGUUAAAAUUCUUUUGAUAGAUAUUAUCUUAAUAGUUAUUAAUUUGACAAAUGUUAAUGCUACUGUUUUGUGUUCCAUUUCCAAUAAUAAAACUUCAUUAUUGCCAUUAUUCCAAAAA